AUGAGCAGGUGCUUGCACCCCGGCCGUAUCCUGCCAUUCGGUCGUCGGCCAGCUAUCCUACGCCUUCCGUACAUUCCCCGUCGGUCCAUCGCUCCUUUUUCUCGACCGACAUGGGACAAACACAUUCAGGAACGGAGCAAGCAAGACAGAGAGAUCAAUUACUCCGAGGAAAUCGAAUUCAUGCGAAGUUAUGACGAUAUUGCGCACCCUGCUCUGAAGAAUGGGGCGAAGAAAGACAUCAACAAUUGGAUUCCAUUGCUUGAGCAAUAUGUUUCGACACAAGUUCCCAAGCCUGCUGGUCAGUCCGGGAAGCUUCCACCUAUCAGUGACCAUGAACCCUACAUUGAGCAAGCACACGCGUUGAUGGGAUGUCUAUGGGAUGCAAGGGCUCAUUACCAAUAUGAGCUUCUCGUACACCUUGGGUCCAAUAUGAAACAGUGGUCUACCGUGCACGCCAUCUUGAACCGCUUGAUCGAUACGUACGAACUGGUGGCUCCUCAUAUGACCCCUCGACACCCUGCACCGUUCUUCGACUGGGGCAAACCGCUCCCCGGAAUGCGCGAUUGGGAUCGAGUCGAUCGAGAUGACCCAAGCACCUUGGAAAUCCCCGUUGACGAAAACGCCACUCUCAGCAAACUCUCACAAGGAACACGCGAGCGGUCCCGGUUCAAAUGGUGUCGGAUAAAGCCUCUCCCAGCGGAUAAGCUUUCGCUCGAUGAAAUGACAGUGGAACCAAAGGCCAGAUUCUUUGGAGAGAAGAUCUUAGCUGAAGUACUUUCCAACCUCGGCUCUUUGGUUUUGGCGGCUGCAGACAGCACGCCCGAGGAGUCCAAGCUUGCAAUGUCCUGUGUUUUCCGGAUUCUUGCACGGCUUCACCACGCAGGCUUGAUCUCUGACAGAGUAUAUAAAUACCCAACACCAGAUGCUAGCCAGGUUGCGUUCCGCCCACCGGGCUUGCACUACUUAUCGAGUUCUAUCAUGAGUGUUCUUACCGACGCAGCAUGGCAUGAACAUGAAGCCCAGGUGGCUGCGGCGGCAGCAGAUACGGGUGAGAAAUCGCCGUUUCUACCUUUUAAGAUGAGCAUUCGAGAGUUAGGACCUGAGAUUUGGCUAGAGCUCAUUCUUUGGUGCUGUGUGGAGCAUGGACAUUCCAAAGAGGGAGCUCUUCUUGUGAAUCGAAUGAUCAAGAAGUCGGGUGACCAAGCAUGGAAGGCCGAGAGCUGGGUACCCCUACUAAAGGAUCUCAAUGCAGUCCAACAGACAAAUCUCAGCGUCGAACAGUCCUGGCGCCGGCCUGGUCAGGAUAGCGCCCCUCAAACGUUCAAGGGUCGACAAAAGCCACCAUUUCACGGGCUUGGAAAGCGAACCAUCAGCACUGAGGUGCUUGUUUCGCUGCGGAAUGGCUUGGCGAAUAGGGCUUACCAAGGGCUGGGAGAGAAUGGAUAUCUUCCCAAGGAGCUCGACAAACUAUCGGCUCCUCUAACCUCACUCAUCAACCCUCCCGGCGCGCUUGAUGAACUCAAGCCAACCAGUAUGAUAGGCAAUUGGCACAUUGUACGGGUUAUGGAGGCAGGGUGUUUCUAUCCGUGGACUGACCCUGUUGCUUUUGAAGAACUCUUACGAUCCAAUAACAAUGUGGUUCCCCCGUGGACAGGUGGUGCGUCAGACGAAGCACAACGGGCAGAAGUGAAAACACCGUUACAGUUCUAUGAUGAAACGGCUGCCAUGGUUGGCCUGAUCGAAUUCAAUCUCAACUGUUAUGCCCGAGACCGACAAAGUGGACGCCUAUUUCAUGAAUAUGCUUGGCUUCAAAACAUCAUCGAUGCAAGCAAGACACGCCACAUCGAAGCAUUCUUUGAAGAGCUUGGCCAAUUCAACAACGAAAACGAAUACCCAUUCUUUGAUUCUGCCGGCAAUGUUCCUCAAAAGCUUUAUGAAACGUCCGUUCCGCAGGUAUCAAAGGUCACCCUGGCCAAUAUACUUGAUCUCGUUACGACAACUGGCGCCUAUGAAUUCGGCAAUCAAAUGAUCCAGGCCACCGACAUGGACGGUCCUCCUAUUCCACGAGAUUUAUAUCAGGACCAAGCUGUGGCACCAUCGCUUCUCCGAUUUGCAGCUGCCUCGAAUAAUGCUGAACUUGCUACUGAUGUUAUACAAGCUCUCAAAACACCACUCUCUGUCAACACCGUCAAAGCCCUAAUAAACUUCCAUAUCGCACGUCAUAAUUGGGACCGUGUGGUACUAAUGCUUACAUUUAUGACCGACUAUCAUUUGAAAUCCUGGGCCUAUAGCAAUAUAAUUGCCCUGUCAGCCGAAAUGAUUCGACUCGAUGGAGUUAUCGAGCAAAAGAAACGUGAUGGCACCUUCACACCGGCCGACACAAAACAAUUGGAUCGCGCUACCGACCUCUUCCUUCAAAUUUUCCGCGGCGAGUUUAAGACCAACAAACGUGAACGCCAAGGCAGAUCUCUCCAGUCAGUGAGCUAUCAGGACCGAGUGCUAUAUCGCAUGCACCGUGUCCUGUCUACCAUCCCGGGAAUCAUGCCGCGCAUCCUGAAGGGUGUGAAAACACACCCAGGUAUCAUUUCCGCCAUGAAAAUUGAGAUGAUCCCUCCCUCGUCCUUCCACGUUCUCUUCGCCGCCAUCGUGGACAGACACGGCGCCGUCUUCGGAAAAAAGUUCUGGGAUAAAUGGUGUGUCGACUGGGUCUCGCCGAGAAGACGCCUUCAACGUCCAGGUGGAGUCUCUCGACUCCUCUACAGCCACGAGCGAGACCACAGACACGGCGAUCCAAACUUCGACCCAGCAUGGCAACAACAGAUCAAAACCCACGCCACAGUAGCAGACAUGACGACCGUCCGGAUCCUCGCACGAGCAGCCGUCAGAGAAUACGCCGCGAAAUCACAUUCCCACCAAGGCCAACAAUCAACCCAAGAAAACCUCCCCCCACCCACAUCCGUCCAACACGACGACCAAAUACAAGACGACAUAACCCAAAUCUUCGACCGCUCAAUAACCUACAAGCCAACCCCUCAACCCUCCAAACCAAGCCAAAUCCAACCCGAAAACCAAAACCCCCACGCCAAACCCCCAUCCUCAGAACUCGAAUCCGUCCUCGAUCACUGUCUAAGAUCCUUCCUUCUCUACGGUCUCCCAGAAGACCAGCUCGACAUCGAGAUACCUGGCCACCUGCGCCGCAUGCAGAAACGCCGUCUUAUGGCUACGGCCACGGGCAAGAAUGUCCGAAGGAGAGUCAAGAAGAACUUUGAGGAUCCUUGGAUGCAGUCUUCCUGGCCUUUGCAUUUGGCGAAUGAUGUGCCAGAGUCGAGAGAGGCUCAAAAGUCUCGUACUUAG